CACGCCCCGCCCCGGCCCACGUCGGGCUCGCGAAUCCCCCGGGGCAACCAGGCCCCGGCAGUCCCUGCUGCGGCCGUGAUGCCCCGGAAGGCGGGGCGCGGCGAAGAGGCCGAGGCGGGCGCCGAGGAGGCGGGCGCCGAGGAGUACGGCCCGGAGGAGUACGGCCACGAGGACUCGGGCGCCGAGGAGUCCGGCCCGGAAUCCGGCCCGGAGGAGGCGGGCGCCGAGGAGGCGAUGGAGGCCGGGCGGCCGCGGCCGGUGCUGCGCUCCGUCAACUCGCGCGAGCCGUCCCAGGUCAUCUUCUGCAACCGCAGCCCGCGCGUCGUGCUGCCGGUGUGGCUCAACUUCGACGGCGAGCCGCAGCCCUACCCCACGCUGCCGCCGGGCACCGGCCGCCGUAUCCACAGCUACCGAGGUCACCUGUGGCUCUUCAGAGAUGCAGGGACGUACGAUGGGCUUCUGGUUAACCAGACGGAAUUAUUUGUGCCGUCUCUCAAUGUUGAUGGGCAGCCUAUUUUUGCGAACAUCACACUGCCAGUGUAUACCCUGAAGGAGCGAUGCCUCCAGGUUGUCCGCAGUCUUGUCAAGCCUGAGAAUUACAGGAGGCUGGACAUCGUCAGGUCACUCUACGAAGAUCUGGAAGACCACCCGAACGUGCGGAAAGACCUGGAGCGGCUGACACAGGAGCACAUUGAAAAUCAACGGAUGGGAGAGGAAAUGGAAGAUUUUAAUUGAAAUUCACCCCCCCACAUCUCAACUUUUGAUGGUACUAAUGAGUCUUGACCUGGAUAUAGGACCGGUCACUUACUCUCUGUUUCAAAAUGUGUGAUUUUGGGAGUACAAUACGCUCCACUGCUUAAAAAGAAGGUUAACUGACUUCACUAGGCAUUGUGGUGUUCAGGGGCAAACGUCACAAAAGUGUUACUUAAUGCCUGCCCUUUCUAGAAAGUAUUUAUCGGGAGACAGUAGUUGUACUUUUGCCUCCUAGUAAGUCAGGAAAUUUUCUGUGUAAGGAUGUUCAUGUGAGUCAUUCAGUAAGAAUUGCAGCAUCUCCUCUCAGCGUGAGACAGCGGCGGCGUCUGCUUCCAGUUGACACGUUGUGGUUGGGGACUGUCUGCCUCUGGCUUUGGGAAGGCUGAGUCUCUCUAGGCAGGGGACAAGGCUUUCUCCUCAAGACCCCAGUGCCUAGCACACUACGAGCCGUCAGUUCGUUCGUGUUUGUCAGAUGAGCAAACCAUUGGAUGUUUUGGUAGAAAGUGUGUGGAGGUUUUGCCUCUUUUUUGUUGUGGGGGGGGAGGCUUCAAAGUGUGUACAGUAAACAAAUGUCUUAAAGGGAAUCAUUUUUAUAGAAAGUGCUUUUUGUAAUUUUCUAAAUCGAGUGCUGUUCUGACUCCACCAUUGUUGUAGUUCCGUUUUAUUUCUGUUUUUAAACUAGGAUUGGUUUUCUACAGUUAAUUGUGAUGAAAGCAUUUUUGUAACUUGACAUCUGCCCAGAAAAUAGGAGAAAAUCCUCAUGUUUAAUUCUAGUAUUAAUGAGCAACUCUGCUGUAAAUAAGUUUUUGCCAAGUGUGGGUAUUUCUAUUCCAUUUUGUAAAUCUGUGACAUUUCCGAUUGGUUCAGCAUUUUUCAUCAGGCCGGACCUGGUGGCGUCUUUCAGUGGCGGAAGCCCUUCAGUCUCUGCUGAGUUACUCCUAACAGGGGAUUCAAGGAAUAGCCUGGAAUUUUUUUUUAUAUAGUUUUAUAAAUGUAUAGAUCCUUCCUUAAUAGGAUGGACUUAAAUUCAUUAGCUUAAAUUCAAUACUUUUAUUAGAUUUAGUCUUUUAUAAUUAAUAAUCUUUUUUUUUAAAAAGCUGCCCAGUAGAGAAAAAUUUGGAAAAGGCACAAAAGUAAAAGGAAGAAAAAAGGUCACUGUAGAUAACACUACUUAAACAUAACCACUAUUAACAUUUUGAACUAUUUUCCUUCAGCUUUUUUUAGAGCAUAUUUUGAUUGGUUUUUACAUAGUUGAGAUCAUAUUGUAUAUAGUUUUGUAUCCUACUUUUUCAUUUAUGUUUAUAACUUAAAUAUUUUUCCAUGUUAAGCUCUUCAGUAGUAUAGUCUUCCAUUUAUAAUUAAUGUUUGGGUUAUUUCUUUGAGUCCUUAAUUCCUUAUCCUAACCUUUGGGUACAAUUCCUAUGCUCUAAAACCGGAGUGAAGUGAGUGAAACAUAGCUCCCGUUUCCCCGCUACCUUUUAAAUUUCGCUUGAUCUUCAGGCUGAGGCACACAUGCAUUAACGAAUGAACGAAUGAAUGAAUGUGAAAAUAAACUUGACCUAAUCCUAGCCCCCUCUUUCAACAUUCAAGGAAUAAGUUGGCUUUUUUAAAAGCAUGUUGUAGUAGUUGUUACUCAGUGACACACACCUCUAAAAUUUACGAUUUUUGUGGACAUGUUGGGUAGAGAAGAGCUGUAGAAGCAGAGUGUCGUGUGCUAGAGAGGGAGGCAGCUAUGUGAGUCCCGCAGUAGGCAGGGUAGGGGAUUUAAGGAAGUCGGCUGAUGGUGGAGUAGUUUCAAGUUGGUUUUAUUUUUUUCAACCUGUCUUUGUCUAAAUGAGAUUUCAUGUUCCUCUUGUUCAAACAUGCAGUUGGAGUACUGUGGUUUUUUGUGUUGUCCAAGGAAGACUGAAAACUUGUAGCAUGAAUAAUGUAUGUUUCUCCUUUGAAAUCUUGUGAAUGUAUUAAAUGUAUUGUUCUUAAGAGACUGUGAAGUUCCUAUUUCAAGUUUUUAAAAAAAGCUGUUCUUUAAUACAUUAAACGGUGCUGUGUAAAGGAAUA